CCGGGGUGAAGGGGGUAUGGGGGAGCUGCCCAGAGCCUGGAGAAGGGUAGUCGGCGCAGAAGACUGCUGUAGUCCCGGUGAAGGCUGCGGCAGGAGCAGUGGUGGCGUUCUCAGCAGAGGCUCCAGCUCAAAUCGGAGCAGCGCAGCAGACAAUAAACAGCGCUGGGAGCUGGACCUGGCAGGACCCCACUGUGAUGCUUCCUGACUGAUCAUGUUAUAAGUGUGCCCGGAAUCCAAAGGCAGCAUAUCCAGUGGAAGAAUUGUCUUCAUCAUGGAGAGUCAACAGGAUGAAGCUGUUCAAACCAAAGGAGCAUCAACUUCUAGCGAUGCCCAAGACCAGGGAGCUGAAAAGGGAGCCAAGAAUAAGACAACUGAGGCAACAGAAGGACCAACAUCAGAGCCUCCCUUAUCAGGCCCAGGUAGGCUGAAGAAAACUGCCAUGAAACUCUUUGGUGGCAAGAAGGGAAUCUGUACUCUGCCUAGUUUCUUUGGGGGUGGACGAAGCAAAGGUUCUGGGAAAGUCAGCUCUAAGAAAAGUCUAAACAAGAGUAAGACUCACGAUGGUCUAAGUGAAGCGUCUCAGGGACCUGAAGAUGUUGUCAUUGAAGAAACAGACCUCUCUACACCUUUGUCCAAGUCAUCUGCUCAAUUUCCUAGCUCCCAGAGUGCCAAUGGAGCGUUGGAGAUAGGCUCUAAACAUAAGACAUCUGGGACUGAAGCCAUAGAAAAAGCUGGAGUUGAGAAGGUACCCUCUGUGCACAAGCCGAAGAAAAGCCUAAAAAGCUUCUUUAGCAGUAUCCGCCGUCACCGGAAGGGCAAGACUUCUGGGGCUGACCAAAGUGUGCCAGGGGCCAAGGAACUUGAGGGGGCAAGAACCAGGUCUCAUGAGCAUGUGAGUUCAAUCUCUCUGCCCAGCUCUGAGGAGAUAUUCCGAGACACUAGAAAGGAAAAUGCCAAACCCCAGGAUGCCCCUGGACCAAAAAUGUCUCCAGCACAAGUACAUUUUUCACCAACUACUGAGAAGGCAGCUUGUAAAAAUCCAGAAAAACUCACAAGGACCUGUGCCUCAGAGUUCAUGCAGCCCAAGCCUGUUCUUGAAGGUGGUAGUCUAGAGGAGCCCCACACUUCAGAAACAGAAGGAAAAGUGGUGGCAGGAGAAGUAAACCCACCCAAUGGCCCUGUUGGGGAUCAGCUAAGCCUCUUGUUUGGGGAUGUUACAUCGCUAAAAAGCUUUGACUCACUGACAGGUUGUGGUGACAUUAUAGCAGAACAGGACAUGGACAGCAUGACAGAUAGCAUGGCCUCUGGUGGCCAGAGGGCCAACCGAGAUGGGACCAAGCGAAGUUCCUGCUUGGUAACCUACCAAGGAGGUGGGGAGGAGAUGGCCUUGCCAGAUGAUGAUGACAAUGAUGAUGAAGAAGAAGAAGAAGAAGAAGAAGAAGAAGAAGAAGAAGAAGAAGAAGAAGAAGAAGAAGAAGAAGAAGAAGAAGAAGAAGAAUUAUUAGAGGAUGAAGAGGAGGUUAAGGAUGGAGAGGAAAAUGAUGACUUAGAGUAUCUGUGGGCAAGUGCCCAGAUAUACCCAAGAUUUAAUAUGAAUCUGGGCUACCAUACUGCUAUAUCUCCCAGCCACCAGGGCUACAUGCUUCUUGACCCAGUUCAGUCUUAUCCUAAUCUAGGCCUUGGAGAACUUUUGACACCUCAGAGCGACCAGCAAGAGUCUGCUCCCAAUAGUGAUGAAGGUUAUUAUGACUCUACCACACCAGGAUUUGAGGAUGAUUCAGGUGAGGCUCUGGGACUUGCCCACAGGGAUUGUCUACCCAGGGACAGCUAUAGUGGUGAUGCGCUAUAUGAGUUCUAUGAGCCAGAUGACAGUCUUGAGCACUCCCCACCUGGGGAUGACUGCCUAUAUGACCUCCGUGGACGCAACUCAGAGAUGUUGGAUCCUUUCUUGAACUUGGAGCCCUUUUCUUCUCGGCCACCUGGGGCAAUGGAAACCGAGGAAGAACGGCUAGUGACCAUCCAGAAGCAGUUGCUAUACUGGGAACUUCGCCGGGAGCAGCGUGAGGCUCAAGAGGCAUGUGCCAGAGAGGCUCAUGCCAGAGAAGCUUAUGCCCGAGACACCCAUACUCGGGAAUCUUAUGGCAGAAAUGUCCGAGCCCGAGAAACUCAGGCCUUAGAGGCUCAUUCUCAAGAGGGUCGAGUCCAAGAGACCAAGGUACGGCAGGAGAAGCCUGCCUUGGAGUAUCAGAUGAGGCCCUUAGGUCCCUCAGUGAUGGGUCUGGUGGCAGGGACAUCAGGAGGUUCUCAGACUUCUCACCGGGGAACCACUUCAGCUUUCCCUGCUACUUCUAGCAGUGAGCCAGACUGGAGGGAUUUCCGUCCUCUGGAGAAGCGUUUUGAGGGGACUUGUUCCAAAAAAGAUCAAAGUACUUGUUUAAUGCAGCUCUUCCAGAGUGAUGCCAUGUUUGAGCCAGACAUGCAAGAAGCAAAUUUUGGAGGCUCACCCAGGAAGGCGUACCCUAGUUACUCACCCCCUGAGGAGCCAGAGGAAGAAGAAGAGGAGAAGGAAGGGAAUGCCACUGUGAGUUUCUCACAGGCCCUAGUAGAGUUCACCAGCAAUGGAAACCUUUUUACCAGCAUGUCCUACAGCUCUGAUUCUGACUCAUCCUUCACUCAAAACCUCCCUGAGCUGCCCCCCAUGGUCACCUUUGAUAUUGCUGACGUGGAACGAGAUGGAGAAGGCAAGUGUGAAGAGAAUCCUGAGUUCAACAAUGACGAAGAUCUUACAGCCUCCUUGGAAGCUUUUGAGCUGGGUUAUUACCACAAACAUGCCUUCAACAGCUAUCACAGUCGGUUCUACCAAGGCCUGCCCUGGGGAGUUAGCAGCCUCCCUCGAUACUUAGGACUCCCCGGAGUCCACCCUCGACCUCCUCCUGCUGCAAUGGCACUCAAUAGGAGAAGCCGUUCCCUUGACAAUGCAGAGUCUCUGGAGCUGGAGCUCUCCAGUUCUCACCUAGCCCAGGGUUACAUGGAGUCUGAUGAGCUCCAGGCCCACCAGGAAGAUUCAGAUGAAGAAGGUGAAGAAGAGGAAGGAGAAUGGGGUCGGGAUAGUCCCUUGUCUCUCUACACUGAACCUCCAGGGGUCUAUGACUGGCCUCCCUGGGCUCACUGUCCUCUUCCAGUGGGGCCAGGUCUUGCUUGGAUGAGCCCUAAUCAGUUGUAUGAGCCUUUCAAUCAGUCUUCCUAUGUGCAGGCAACCUGUUGUGUACCUCCUGUGGCAAUGCCAGUGUCAGUGCCAGGAAGAACACCUGGAGACUCUGUGUCUCAGCUAGCUCGACCUUCGCACCUACCCCUGCCCAUGGGCCCUUGCUAUAACCUUCAAUCACAGGCCUCCCAGAGUGGGAGGGCCAAGCCUCGGGAUGUACUGCUGCCUGUAGAUGAGCCCAGUUGCUCUUCCAUUUCUGGAGCCAACUCUCAGUCUCAAGCCAAGCCUGUAGGUAUCACCCAUGGUAUCCCUCAGCUGCCCAGGGUGCGGCCUGAACCCUUCCAGCUUCAACCCAAUCACUAUCGAGCUUCCAACCUUGACCUGUCAAAGGAGAGGGGUGAGCAAGGUGCCUCUCUCUCUACCAGCUACUCCUCUACUGCCAUGAAUGGAAACCUAGCCAAGUAGUUAUCAAUUCCAGAAUGGAGACCUGAGCAUGUGAAUUGGGGGUCAAGGGUUGGGCAGAGGGGUAGGGGUGAGUAGUGCUGUUCCACUUGAAAAUCUUAUUGGCUAAGAUAAACUCCUCUGAGUUUUCACUUUGCCCACCUUCCUCUGCCAUCUUUGGCCAGGUUCAGCUCAAUUAUAUCUGCCUAGGGAGGCUGCUGCUUCUGUGCUCCAAUUUUUGCUUUGGAGUUUCUUGUGACCUAUACAGGGCUUGGGAUGCAUCCUUAUUGCAGGCUGAACCCCUCUUCUCUGGUCCCUUGCUGACUAAUGAACCACUGAUGAGCAGCCAAUUUUUUGCACUGACUCUCACCCAGAGAUGGGAGGCUUGCUAGCUAUUAGCAAUAUAAAGUUAUGGUACAUAGCCUUCCUAACCCCAUUCCUUUCUAGCACAUCAAAUGACUAUAACCUAUUUAUCCCAGUUAGUUAUGUUUAGAGUGGGUCAAGUAGCAUGUGUCUCGCUCCCUGUUGCUGUGGACUUUGGUAUCACAACUAGAUGAUGUCCUUUUAACCUGGCCUGCCAUAGUCUAGAUUGAAGACAAAAACACUAAUCCUCAUAAGGGGGUGAUUAAAUCUGUCCAUAUUCAAGCAGAAUACAAAGAUAGAUAGCUUAUGGAAAAUGCUGUGAGGUCUUGAGCUGUGGAAUAAUAAUAUAUCUAUCUUGUUUGUUUCCUAAGCCUGUGGCUGUUGCAGGCAUUUUAGAACUUCCCCCUUUUCCUGUCCCUGAAAAAUUUCAUCUCAUCACAAUGAAUGUAGUAUCUUAACUGAGUUAAAGGAAGAGAAGCCACCUAAAUUGGGCUUGACUAUAUAGAGCAUUGGGUGUUGUGAGAUGCAAAAGAGGAAAACAGACAGGGUGAUCCAUUUAUCUAAACACCAAGAAGGGAUCUCAGACUUUGGAACUUGAAGCAACUCAGAUUAGGAGGGAAAACUUUUCCCAUCCUUUCUCCCAAACCAAAAGUAAAUAAAUAAAUAAACCCUUGGCCGCCCCUUUGUAAAGUGGUUCCAAGCUUGUCUAAGACAGGAUGCCAAAGGCAUCUCACCUGUUGUAGGCACACUAAAAAGCUUUUAUCUUCCAGUUAGCCAAGUUCUUAGCAUUUUCAAAGGACCAGGCUUCUUGAGAGGAAAGAUUGUAAUGUACCCUUGCUCUGCCAAACUACAGGGCUGAUUUGCAUGGCAGUUGCAGUCCUUUCUGAAAUGAACAGCACCCUCUCUUCUCUUGCAUCCAUGCAGGUUUCUUUUUCUUUUUUCUAUAUUUUUUUUCUGGACAAGGUCCCACACUGUAGUUCUCUCUAGCCUGGAACUUACCAUGUAGACCACGAUGGCUUCUAACUAACAGAGAUCCACCUGCCUCUGCCUCCAAGCAAGCCCAGCCUAAAUGUUGGAAACACUAGGGAAGAGCUUGGUGUCAGGAAAACAUUGCAACAGGCUCAUCUUGACCAGGUUCAACAUUUCCUUAAUCAUCUAUAUGAAACAGUUUCUUUAAAAUUCUCCAUCAGGCCCGGUGUGGAGGUAUGUGCCUUUUAUCUCAACACUCAGAAGGAAGAGGCAAUUGGAGUUAUAUGAGUGUGAGACCAGCCUGUUCUACAUAGUGAGUUCUAGGCCACUAGGGCUACAUAGCAAGAUAGACCUUGUUUUAAAUUUUUUUCUGUAUUGGAAUAUGAAAUAUUUUGGGGAUCGAUAUGUUGAUCAAAGUUAGAACUUUUUAAAUCUUCUGCCCAUGUCCCUCUUCUCACCUCAAAGCCAUCUUCACAUCUACUAAGUGAAGAUAUCAAUAGGGCUCUUGCUCAAAAUAAGGCAAUUUACCUUGAGAACAGAUGCUGGUGGCCUUCUGAGUCAAGAUUGCUUUGUAGACAUACUUUCUUUGCCAGGGCAUAUAUUCAUAAUAUUUUUCACAGUUUCUAAGCUUGGGAUUGGCCCUGUGCCUUUCCCCCAAAAGAGCAGAUUUGAUUGGUAAAAUCUAACCCCUUGUAAGUAACUUCAUAACUUUGCAUGGCACCAGCACUAGAACCACCCCUCAAGGACCUCAGAUCAGCUCUCUUGGAUGACUUUGGCUACAUCACGAAGAAGUGCAUCUCUUGUGGAUCUGGAUAAUGAAAGUGAAAAAGGCCUUCCUUACCCCAACCACAUCGUCAUAAGAGACACAUGCCCAGAUUUUAACCACUUGGCCUCCUACCAAAGCUGUUCUGGGAAGGUGAGGCUGAACUUAGCCUGGUUGGGUGGCAGGAAGUAAGCACUCAAUGCCUUUACAACAGGAAAAGCCACACCUCUUGCCUAGUCAAGGUAGCUUGAGUUGCUGUUUACAUGUCGCUGCCAUCUACAGCAGGCACUAGAGCUGUCCACAGCCUCCAUAGCCCACUGGAGAAGGGCUACCAGCCUGUUUGGAAGAGGAAGAAGGAAUCUACCCUCACAGUUCAGGAGGACAGCACAGUGCAAUAUCUCUGAAGGGACCUGCUAUAACUUGGAUAUAUUUUGCUAUGCUUUGAAACUUCAUACCUUAGAGUAGGACCUGAGGCAAAGUAGAAGUUUGUGGAUUGGGUAACAUCAUUGCCUUCCAAGUCCUUUCACUGAUCUGGCUGCUAGCCUAGGGACAAAAUAUUUACAACCUAAAAUGGGAUAGCCAAGAUGUCUACAGAAGCAGACUCCUUUUGAGUAUCUAAAGCAAAUACUAACUGCAGCCUAGAAGGGGAAAGAAGAUUUGGCUGCGGAUAUAUGGUAAUGGCAACAUGAUUACCAAUGGGAUAUGUAACCAAUCUCUAGGUAUCUGUCCAAACAUGGACAAGUACUUCCUUUGCUGGCACCAAAUAUGCUACAAACUACCAGAAGUGCUGCUAUUGUGUUCACCCUAAGGCUGUGGCCAGAUGAACCUCCUGACUCCAUUGCAGGUCCUUGGACAAUGCAUUUGGAUGUGACUUUAAGGGAAGAUGUGCUGACAGAAGGAGGCUAGCUUUAUGUUGUUACCCAGUACUACUAUAUAGUGUCAGCUCUGAUCCUGAGAAUUUCUUAGUAACCCAGUCCAUAGAGGACCAGUGACUGUGGGUAUGGAAAGCCACCUAGCAGGCCUCUUCCAAAGCCAGGAUGCCAAUUUCUUGGUGCUUUAGAUUCUCCAAGGAAGCUCUGCCUUGGGGAUCAUCUGGCUUUAGCUUAGAUACCAGACCACAAGCCUCGUGGAUAAUGGUUUCAGUAAAUGCCAGUGUCCCUCCUCUUAGUGCUAUUUCAAGGAGGGAAGUAGCUUUCCACACUCAGAAUGUUGGGUGCAUGAUUUCAUCCUGCCACCAGUGGCUUUUUCACCUGCACCAGUGCCACCACUGCCUUCAGCCCUUAGGCUCACUUGCUAGAGGGAGGCAUGGGGGUUUACCAGGGAUACUUCAAGUUUACCCAUGUGUAUGUUGCAUCCAAGUUGUUUUUAAUAUAUAUAUAUAAAUAUAUAUAUCAAAAGCUAAUUAUCUAUUUUUAUAUUGUUUGCAUUUUAUAUUCAUGGAAACAAUGUUUAUCAAUUGUUCUUUUCUGAUAUAUUUUAUUUUUAAGCGGUGCUGUUUACAGUUUUAAACAAAAAAAAAAGAUGACACAAAAAAUGCUGCUGCUCGUGCAGAGGGAUGUCAUCUCAAAGUGUCUAGGACCCUCCCUCUUUUCCCUCUCCCACCUGGCUGUGUCACACUAUUCAUUCUCUUUCCACACGGUAAGGACAGAAGAUGCCCAUGUACCGAAGACCAAUACCAGGUAACGCAAGCAUGUGGACCCUGGCAGACAGCAUGUUUUCUAGCUUUCAUUUUAUUUACCUUUUGAGCCCUUCCUUCUCUUGUGUAGACGUUUUGAAAGUACUCCUGCCUCUUGACUUUUAUUCUUUUCCUUUCUUUAUAUUUUGUGCUUGUUUUUUGCAAAGUAUCAUGCCCAUAUUGUGUGGUUUGUUGUAUUAAGUUUCUCCAAUGGAGCAUUAGGGGCUCAUUCAACACCAGGAGACUCGGGAUGACAGAUGACAAUGCUAUUUCAACCUCCAGGAAUUGGUCAUCUCCUUGGGAGACACCCUUGAAUGAGACUUGCCAGCAAUUUAGAAGAUGGCAACAUUGUCCAGAAAAGGCAUUAGGUGAUUCCUUGGUCCCUCUUGCUACUUUGGGAGAAUCUCUCCACAUCCUGCCUCCUCCUUCCCUUCCCUGUUCCAGCUCACAAGUGGAUGGUACUUUUGGAAACUGAACUCUUGUUGUUUUGUUUUUUUAUUGUAAGUCUUAGCCCUUAAUGGCUGAGUUGUCUCUUUAACCAGGAUGGCACUUUUAGGAAUGGUGACUGUUACAGUCAUGGCUGGGUGGCCUGAUCCACGGUUUCUCCAUCCUGUAGUCAUUCCAAAGAAGAAAAUCCACAUGGCAUGUACAUUUGUGAGGGUUGGGUCUAUUAAGAGGGGGCUUUAAUUAUUCCUGUUACUAUUGGUGCUUAUUUUCCCCGCUGUAUAUGGGGGUGGGGAAGGGCUGGGGUAAACCAGAAAUGUAUAUUUAGGUCACGUUAAAUAAAAUGGCUGGGGGAAGAAGAAAGAUAUGAGUCUAGGUGUAAGAGUUCUCUCUUCCAGGACAGAAAGGGGAUUGUAGCUUGUUGCUGCACCUGAGCUUCCCUUCCGCAUUCCUGAGACAUCAUGGAAUCAUCUGCAUUUGUUACCUCUCCAUCCCUAGCACUCACUGGCAUCUGGAUAUCCUGAUACACUGCCUGUAUGUUACAACAUAUAUUUCAUUUGCUGAAUGCUAAUAAACUUCUGUGCUCAUGAGGGACCUCCAGUCACUAAA